AUGUAUCAAAUACAACGAGGUCGAGCCUACUUUUAUCGUAAGAGCUCUAGUCUUCAUCUGACGAAGGAUAAAACAUUGGCGAGUAAGCUUUAUGAAUUAGCGCAAUUACCUCAAACCGGUGUAUCCCUUCAAUACCUUUUGGAAUUUGGGACAAGUAUCACACGAGAGAAAUUGAUUCAAUCUGCCCGUUUUUUACAUGACGAAUUACCGGUACGAUAUGCCCAUCGAAUUAAAAAUUUAGAGAAUUUACCCCAUGGCUUAAGUGCCAUGCCAUCUGUUCAACAAGUACGUGAAUGGUAUAUAAAUUCAGCUCAAGAACUUUUAAAUUUUCCAAAAGUUGUGACGUAUCAAGAUGAAUUAGCAUUUCGUGCUUUAAUUGAAAGUAUUAAAGGACGUCAUAGUGGAACAUUAUAUACUAUGGCAAAAGGAGUGCAUGAAUUAAAGAUGCAACUGUUUCAAUCAUUUACAGCAAAGGAGAAGACAAAGAAGAAGAAGGAGGAGGAGGAGAAGAAGACGUUUGUAUCAAGUCCACACUUUUUAACAAAAAAAGUGGGUGAACGAUAUUUACAAUCGCAGGAAUUUGCUGAUUUAUCGGAUUUACAUUCCUUCUUAGAUGCUUUCUAUAUGUCAAGAAUUGGGAUUCGAAUGCUCAUGAGUCAACAUAUUGCACUUCAUGACGAAGAAAAUGGAUGGGUUGGAUGUAUUUGUGAAAGUACAUCUCCUGCUGAAGUUGCGCUUGCGGCAAUUGAUACAGCUAGACACAUGUGUCGAAGACAGUAUGGUGAUGCACCGGAAGUUGAACUCCAUGGUCAUACGGACUUUUCCAUGCCAUUUGUACCGAGUCACUUGCAUCAUAUGCUAUUUGAGGUCAUUAAGAACUCAAUGCGCGCAGUGGUUGAAUUUCAUGGAGUAGAUAACGAAAUGCCUCCGAUCAAGAUUGUUAUUGCGGAUGGAGAAGACAAUGAAGACGUAUCAAUUAAGAUCUCGGACGAAGGUGGUGGUAUCCCUCGCUCCUCACUCUCAAGGAUCUGGUCGUAUCUUUAUACGACUGCGGACUCGGAAGCGUUUGAAAGAUUAGAGGCACCUAACGAUUUUGGUGGUGACUCUCCGCUGGCUGGGCUCGGAUAUGGAUUGCCAAUUAGUCGCCUUUUUGCACGCUACUUUGGAGGAGAUCUUCAAGUGAUUUCAAUGGAGGGAUACGGUACGGAUGCUUACCUGCACUUGAAACGUGUUAGUGACGCAUCCGAGCCGCUUCCGUGA